UACAAAGAGGAUACGCAGUACAAGGACAACAAAAACAUAACAAUAUAGAGAUAAACGAUUAACAGCACAUUAUUGCUUUAGCUACCAUGAUCGAUUGCGAUUGGUCAAAAAUAAAUCAUGUGCGCCGAUGAUUGGCUUAAACUGCUUGUCAUCAGCCUGGUUCCACCGGAACUGAAAUUGGAGCUAGCAUUUCGCUAACCCAAAAACGUAGAAAGUUCGAGAUGUCAGACAGUGACGGUCCACCGCCGGAACCCGGAGGACUCGAAGGUCUGCCACCCCUCUACAGCAUUUCCAAGGGGGAAGUGGUCUCCGUGCAGACUUAUGGCGCUUUUGUCCGCCUGCCAGGCUACAAAAAGGAAGGUCUGGUACACGUAAGUGAGAUGUCGGCCACGCGUGUCGAGAGCGCCGCGGAAGUUGUCGACGUGGGAGAGAAAGUGUGGAUUAAAGUCAUCGGGAGAGAGAUAAAUGGCGAAAAGAUCAAGCUUUCCUUCUCAAUGAAAGCGGUCAAUCAGGGAACAGGCCGAGACUUGGACCCCAACAAUGUCAUGGCGGAGCAGGACGCGAGGCGGCGGAGGCAGUUCCGAGACCACACGGGCAACAGGAUCACGCUGGAGGCCGUUCUCAACACCACCUGCACAAAAUGUGGCUGCAAAGGCCACUUUACCAAAGACUGCUUCUCAGCACCCGGCUUGCAGUACGCGCUUGUGCCCGAAGAGGGCGACGAAGAGCCACAACUACAACAACAGCAGCGGACAUCGGGAGCUGCCCCACAGAAAGACAAGAAGAAGAAGAAAAAGAAGGAGAAGAAGACGAAGAAGAAGAGGAAGCGCAAGAGGAAGGAGUCGGACAGCGACGGCAGCGGCAGCAGCGACGACGGUGGCGAGUGCAAACCCAAGAGGAGAUGUCACGAACGAGACGACGACAGCAAGCGCAAGAAGAAGGACAAGAAACACAAAUCGCACAAGCACAGCUGAGACGCACGCGUGCCAAACGCCGCCACAGCGGCUGUCACACUACAGGAUCUUGACUACACACUAAAAUGACCCGAGCGCACCUGAACGCACCACCGAACGAGUCUAUGUGCCCCAAUGGCUCAUUGAUCAAGAGGUUGAAAGGUCACCGGUUGCCACGGUGACGGGAGCAAAUGGGUCGUUUGUAAAAGGCCCCGAAGGUCACCCCCUUGCAAACAGUUGAACGGCCCCACCCCCAACAUGCACAACCUCAAAAAAAGCUGCAAAAGAUUUGCAUUUCUGUGGCCGCAAUGUUUUUGAAAUAUAAAUGGAUGGAAUAUCAUUAGAUACUGUACAGCGAUCCCGUUUCAAAAGUUCACGCAUGCCACUAUAAAACUGGUUGCUAGGCAAUCGCAGGGCACGUAUUGGGGAGCACUUAUCACUAUAUUUGUAAAUGGAAAAAAUAGCGUUUUAUUUCCGUGUUUCAGAGAUUUGAAAUCAAAAUCUGGCAUUCUGAGUUUUGCUUCAUCUUUUUUUCAUGUAAAAACUACCUUACAUUUUGUCUUCAGAUUUAAAUGUUAAAACCUUCAGCAUUGAAUUGAGACUUUUUUUGGUAACAACACGUUUACACAUUUUCUAAAAUUUUAUCCAUCCAUUUUCUUUGUCGCUUAUCCUUACGAGGGUCGCGGGGAGUGCUGCGCCUUAUCCCAGCAGUCGACGGGCAGGAGGCGGGGUUACACCCUGAAUUGGUCGCCAGCCAAUCGCAGGGCACGGAGAGACAAACGGUCACAAUCACACCUAGGGGCAAUUUGGAGUGUCCAAUUAAUGGCGCACGUUUUUGAGAUGUGGGAGGAAACCGGAGAGCCCGGAGAAAAGCCACGCAGGCACGGGGAGAACAUGCAAACUCCACACAAGAGGGUCCGGGAUUGAACCCCAGGUCCUCAGAACUGUGAGGCCAACACUUUUACCAGUUGAUCCACCGUGCCGCCUCUUACGUUUUAUCUUCAGAUUUAAAUAGCAUUUAAUUGAGAUUUUUUUUUUUUUUUGCAACAAAAUGUUUAAACAUUUUCCAAAGUAAUAAUAAAAAAAAAAGAAUACCCAUUUCGUUGAAUUUUAAUCAUGACCACUUCACGUGUCACCGUAUGACAAUUCCGAGCAUUUAAAUGACACAAGUGGUCGUCAAACGCCCGCCAAACGUGACCUCGGCGUGUUUUUAUGAUAUAGUCGAGUUCCACUAAGUAUAAUUGCAUCAGCGUUACGGGCGAUUAUAUUAUUUAGAAUUUUGUUCCAUUCUAUUUGGCUCCGAGCAACAUUUUCAAGAUCGAGGUCGACAACAACGCUUGCCUUUCAAAUGGAAGUGUGUGUGUGACCGGCUCCUGACCGUUCGCUCACAUUCAGGGGCCCUGCCCCGCCCCGCCCCACUGCAUUCGGGCCAUGUGCUCGCUAACCCCCCCACCCCAAACCCCCGAAUCCCCAAAUCCCAGUUCCCUGCCUUCCUCCAUGUUUUCCA